GGAACACUACGCAAGACUGUACCUAUAAUUGUCACAGCAUCCCGAAGGGCACAAUGGUUACUUACAACAUAUGGCGAGUACACCAUGACGAAUCGUUUUGGGAGAAUCCCUUCACAUUCGAUCCAACCAGAUUCUUGGAUGAACAUGGAAAACUGCUGCCACCGGAGGAUGAAAAACGUCAUAGACUGUUGACGUUUGGCAUCGGAAAGCGAUCUUGUAUUGGCGAGAAUCUCGCCCGAGCAAGGAUAUUUCUUGGACUGACGUCCAUACUACAAAACUUCGACCUGACUCGUGAUCCAUCGGAACCUUUCCCUUCAUCCGACCCCCGUACAUACGAGAUUACAUUUUUCUUAAAACCACCUUCUUACAAGCUACAGUUCACACCAAGACACUGAGAGCCACAAUACGCUCACUUUAUCACAUAUCCUUUGAGAUUGAUCGUAAGUGGUGGAGUUCCCAUCGUGAAUGCGCCCAUUGUCAAAAUAUUGACAGAUGGUCACUUCUUGCCGUUUGUUAUUUUCUCGAAAAUGUUUCGUUAUAAACUGUAAAUUUUUCAUUUAACUCGUCAAUCGAGACUGUUCGUUUCACAUAGUGCCAUUUUUGUUACUUGACCAGCAUGUAUUCUUUCGCUUUCAACAGCGGUCUCCAAGUUUUUUUGUUACAUUUUUAUUUGGUAUAUAAUCAUAUCUAAAUGUAUGAUAAAGAAUUUCCAUGACCCUAAAUAGUUUUGGAUACUUUUGUUUAUAUUCUUUAAGAUUUUGCAAACACGAAAAAAACUACUUUUUAAAAACAAGCGGUAGUGAACCGUCCCUGUGUGCUAGGUAGGGAGAAUUUACUUUUCAAGGUUUUACAUUUGUAAUGAAAUAAUUUAAUUUUCCGGAAGACAACUACACAAUAAGUAUAUAAUAAUUAGGUUAUUCCAUGUGUGUCGUGAAAUACCAUGUUUCUCUCAUCUCGUGGCGGGGGAAAAGGAGAUACUCCACUCGUGAAAAUAUCUCCUCCGUCACUUGGUGAGAGAAACAUGAUAUUUCACUUGACUCAUAAAAUAACCUCUAUGACCUCGUUCAUAUUUAUGACAUACUUCAGCUGGAGGACUUAAUAUAAACCACAGUGCUAUUCUGUGCAAGUGGUCCAUGUACCGGUUAUAUUAUUUCUAUCCUUUUCGCAGAUCGAUGUAGAUACGUCUCAAAAGAACACCAAAAUGAAUGGUUAUUGUAACGAACAUGAUAUGAAUCAGGUCAUCCAUCCUAGUUAACAGAAGUAGGAGAAAGAAAAUUGACCAUUGGAUUGAUCCGUUUAUUCUUAUUUCGAAUUGAAUAUAUGACGGUAAUAGAAUUGAGCUAUAUAUAGAGAGAGAGUGUGUAUUUUAGAGAUGGAGUUUUCAUACAAAUGCUUUAUCUUGAUGGACUAUAUGUAUAUACUUCUUAAGGAAUGUACUUGGCAAAUUAACUUGACGUAAAUAAAAGCAUAGUAAUAAGGCAAUAAGAAAAUAUACAGGUAAACUAAACCUGAGAAAAGCCACGUUCCAGAAAUCAAUUUGAUAGCACAUACUAUAAAUAGAUUGUAUAUUUGUCACAGAGCUAAUUUGGCUCUUGCCAUUUUGUAACACGUCAUGUUAUAGAGAGAAUAAGAAAAGAAAUCUACUUUUUACCAACAAGAAUAUAUCUAUUACGAAUAAAAAGCAAAAAGAUCCAUAAGAAAUGUAUUCUCAAAGCAGAGUCCAUUGUACAUAUCCAACUAUAUCAUAAGUAUCUCUCUUUAACAUUGAUGAUACCAGGUGCUAAUGAAAAGGUGAGCGUAUCCUGCCCAACCUGUCGUAUCCGUCACAAACACAUGCAAAGGCGAGGCAAAUACUCGCCUGGAAAAAGACAACAUAUGAUACAUGUCAAAAUAGGGAAUUGAAUUGAAUUAUAUUGAUCAGUAAUGUGUCAAAUUUGGAAAAAAAAUUACACAUGUCUACAAUAAAACACUUUGAAAGCAGUACUUGAGGCCUUAAUGCUGUGAACCUGAUCCUGAUCAAACAAUAUUUUAGCAAGUCAUGUGACGUUCUUUGAAAUAUUCGUACAAAGAACAUGCGCGAUUGUACCUGUCAAGACACCUUUAGAUUGGAGUUGCUGUAAGUUACUUACAUAAUAAACAUGAACAAAUUGUCU